CAACUGCAUUUGUGCUCAAUGGCGGAAACGAAAAGUGAGUCGAGGCCAAGCGCACUGCCGAAAUUGGAUCAGGCAAAGAGUAUGAACGUCAAGGUCCAUACUGAAGGUAACAGCUCGGCACGCGAGAGAAGGCCGUAUCGUGGACGUGGCCGAGGACACUGGAGAGGUGGAGGCCGAGGUGGCCGAGGAUCCAAGCGUCGAAUGCAUGGAGACGGUGGGCCGCGGAAUAAACGACGCCGCUAUGGCCACAGCGGCACUGUGGAUGACUUUCCUUUCCUGCUCGGUGGGAAUAGCAAGGAUCCGCUGAAUUUGAAGUCGGUGAAGCCGGAAGAGGAGGUGCAGGAUGUGCAGCCAAUUGACAUCAUCAUACCCAAAAACAUUCAUGACCCACUGAAUUUACGCAAUGUGAACAAAAAUCGCGCUAAGAGACUUUAA